GUAUAAUAAUACUUUGACUCAACCACACAACAGAACUUUCAGUUCAUAACAGACAGCUGCUGAGGAAAAAAAACCACCUUCCCCUCUUUCUCUUUUACUUCGGUCCGAAAACCUUAAAACACACAACUCAAGUUGAAUGCUUUAACGAAAACCGCAAUGGACGCCGACGAGAGACUGACGGCUUUGAAGAGGGCGUAUGCCGAUAUAAUAUUGAACACGGCGAAGGAGGCGGCGGCGAGGAUUAUGUCGUCGGAACAGAAAGCUGUUAGGUAUAAGCAGGAGCUCAAAGUGGCAAAAGAGGAGGCGCUUGGUAUGCUGCUGCGUCUCAAACAAAUAAUGGAUUCUAAGAUUAGUGAAGCAGAGUUGACGUCCUUGAGUCAACAGAGGAAGAUUGAAGAACUUGAAGCUCAACUUCAGGAAGCAGAAGAUAUUGUCAGUGAUCUCAGAGUAGAUCUUAGAGAAGUUCAGGCUGAACUUGAGAGGGUGACCAGGUCCAAAGAGAAGGACGUACAGAACUUAGGGAAAGAUGAUACUGCUAGUCCUGUAGAACUACCUGAGGAAAAUAGAGUUGUGUUGCCUCCAGAAUCACAGGAGGAGUUUGUGACAAUUUCUAACACCAAGUUUCCAAAUAUGAAGCUGAACCAUCAGGGAAAUCAGUCAUGUACCAAAAUGGUUCAAAUUGGAAAACCUUACGUUGCAGGUCCAGAUUUACCCUCUAUCAUUUUGAGAAGCAAAGUGCCAGAGUUGUCCCGAAAUGGGUGUACGCAGAGAAUUCGUGCUUGUGAAGGAAACCUUUUAGAUGGAGAUAUAUCUGUUUCCAAACGAGAAAAUGAGAAUGGUGAUGGAGUAGAUGAAGGUGAAGGGAUCUGUUCAGCACCUAAUCAUAAGGUUGAUGAUGUGGUUAAUCCAGAGGAAGAAUUUCAACAAGCAGAUGACUUGCUUAGCAGCUGGCACCUUUUGAAAUCUUUUCGCCGGAAAAGAAGAAGAGCUGUGAGAAAUAGGAAAGUCGAUUAUUCUUCACCAACAAGCAGUUCUGAUCAUUUUCUGAAUGUUGAUAAAACAUCGAACACUGGUGGCUUGAGAGCUCACUCCAGUCCUGCUGGAGAUUGUGCUCCUGAUGAAGAUCCUUCUCAGGUGGGACAGAGCUUGUCAGUAGAAAAAGCUGAACCAGAGAUGAAGCUGGGAUUAACUGAAAUGGAUGGAACUGAACUGCAGUCUGCUGAGACUUCUGGGGUUCUAAAUGCAACAGUCAGGGAUGAGUUAGUGAUGGCAAAGAUAGAUUCUCCAAGACAAGGAAGUAGAUCUUUAGAGAGUUUAGAAGUUCCUGUUUACCGAACCGAUCUUGAAAACAUUAGCAGUCCGUUAUUGAACUCAGAGUCAAAGACAUCUGAUGCAAAUGAUGAGGUUCCUAGCCAAACUGUGAAUGAUAGAGUCAUCAAAUACACCUUUCAAAGAAAGAGGAAGAGAGAAUUGAUGAGUGUAUUAGAAGAGAAUGCUCCCAUCGAGAAGAGCUCUUCAAAGGAAAUAAAUGGAGAGAAACAAAAUGAUGAUCUAGAGCCAAAUAUGUCAAGUUGCGUGACAGAAUCAUCACGAGACAGUCGCCGAGUUGCACAGGUUGCACGACAGCUAAUUUCUUUGUCUGAGAAGAAGUGGUGGCAGUGAAUAAAGAGUUCACGUCUUCCCGGUGAAACAUGACUAAUGGCAUCUUGCACAAAUUCAUGAGCUCUACCUUUUGCAAAUCAUUCAUGAAGAAUUUGACGGAUAAGGAGUGAGAGUUGUUAAUUUUAAGGCAUGGCAUCUAACAACAUUGUAUUGUUCGGAUGCUGUCGAACUUAAGAUAUAUAAUUUUCAGACUUAGACAUUGUUCAACGUUACUGUUUAAUUAUUUUUUAUAUAAUGAAUCUCAAUAUUCAGAUGCA